AUGGCAAGAAUAGUCCUUCUAAAGAUAAUAACAAUUGCUCUAGCUGUUUACGUUAUCUGUUUGUCUGAUUUCUUCCUCCCACCUGAAGGAGACAUUGUCAGUGUGCUCAUGGUAUUGUGCGUUGACCCAGGCUUAUUAAAUAAAGUAGCUGACUUAUCUUCCCUGCUUGGAUUCACUGGGAUCACUACUAUUUCCAACUGUUCACAAAAUAGAACUCAAAGAAGACUCACAGCGAUAAAAGUCUCUUUAAAUCAUUCCAGCAGUGACCAGCAUCAUGGAAAGUCCACAUGUCAGAGUUUUACUCCAAAUUUAACAGCCUCAGGCUGGUUCUCAUGCAAAGCUGACACCACGCAAAGGCAAGCACUGAAUCAGGAACCUCCUCAAGUAUCCAAAAUAUUGAUAAUAAUAUCAGAUAGAAGAAUAAUCACUGGGGUGAGUGGAUUGAGGAUUCACAUGCUUCCAUUACGUAACAGCGUUGAUGCUACCUGGAGUGACAGUUCACCAAAUGGGAUGAAACCUAACAAGUGUUACAUGGAAGUUCAACUUCAGAACUCCACUGUAGAUGACCUGACAGAUCAGAACAGAUAUCUCUGCACUGAGAAAAACUGCAACUGUGUUGUGAAGAAGGGAGUCGCUAAUGAUCAAUGUUAUAGAGGCACAUCUAAUUAUUUGGCAAUGACCAUUCAAGAGCAGAACUGUGUCCUUGAAAUUAUUUGGUUAGCUUUAUUUCCAACAAUCUGCAUUGUCUUACUUAUCGUCAUAUCUUACCAGUUGCUCAAGGAAGAUUCAUCCUGUAAUGUACGGAAUUGUAGAUUGGGCUCUGAUUAUCCACAAGGAGUGUAUGACUAUGGAAAUCACCUCAUGUCAGGUGUAAAAUCAAGACAACGUGAGGCAGCAAUGAACAUCAAUGAAAUUCAGCAGGAAGGAGGCAGAAGCCAAUCACAUGUUUAUGAGGCCUGUCCCAGAGAACAUCAGUUUAUCAGCAGUGAUCAGGGUGAAAAUGCAAGACAACAUGAAGCAGCUGUAUACAUCAAUGAAAUUAAGCAGGAAGGAAGAAGAAUGCGAUCACCUUUUGGGGCUUGUUCCAGAGAAUAUCAGUAUAUCGACAGUGUUCUGGGAGAUAAGAACUUAUCCAAGGAACAUGGCGAAUUGUCUAUAAUACCUGAACUUGAAAGAAUCCAUUCCAAUAAUGAAGGAAAUCGUGUCAAGACAUUGCCCCCUAACAAUUCAAAAGGACAAAACAGUGAAAAUCUUUCAGCUGAUGAGUAUGCAAAUGUUGACAGUGCAACAAAUAGAGCCUCAUCCACACCACGUCAUCUUUUAGGUGCAAACAAGAGACAACAUGAAAGGCCUUUGUACAUCAAUGAAAUUCAGCAAGAAGGAAGCAGAAAGCAGCCAUCAGGUCACGAGGCCUGUUCCAGGGAAAAUCAGCAUGUUGAGCCCAUCAUCGUUUAUCAGGGAACAUAUGAUUCUGUCCACAUAUAUGGGAAUAUGGAAGAACGAGGCAGUGUGGCUGCAUCAAGGCAUGAAUAUGCAAAUGUUUUGGAUCUUGCAGGCGAUGAAGCAUUUCUGACAAGUCAGCAUCUUCCAGAUACUCUGGAUCUUCAUUGUGACCGCCACCAUAACAUAAAAGCUAACACACAGAAGAAGAAAAGAAAAUUCUUGUGUUUCUGAGAACGGCUUUUCUAAAGCAAACAUCUCUGCGCCAGCAAUUACCAUGUUGGAGUGUUGCAUUUCAAGUCUAUAGUUUACACAAAAG